ACUGUCAGCACAAACUACAUGCUCAGUCUGACAUCUCAUGCAUUUACAGACACUCACAGCUUUUUCUACUUUGUCACACAAUCUCUUUCAAUUGAGCACAAACAUAACAGGUGCCACAGGUGAGCACUGCAACUUUGGCGGCUAAUUGUGGGCAAAUCCUUUUGUGCUGUGUGCGUCCAGGGGCCUUCCCUUAAGAGCAUCCAUCAGUGUUUUUCCUCCAUUGUGCAUUCCUCCAGGGACUACCACCUCCCCACACUUCCUUGCCUUUGCUCUGCAGCUCUGGCAAGAGUGAAUAAGGGGCCGUGGACACCAGCCCAAAUCUGCUAAUUAUUUCUUUCUCUCUGUAUCAAUUAUUUGCCCAUAACACCGCCCUAUUCCCUUCUACUCAGGUCUCCAGACACCUGAUAAAGCCCUGCAGUGUACUCUCCCUGUGCACACACUCAUUUGUCCAUUUGUUCUAACACAUGUAAUUACAACACACAAUCUUUUUCAGGGUCAGAUCCCGGCACUUACAGUAAUGUGUGUCCACACAUAUGCACACAGUCACAAAUACACAGGGUCACACACACUCAGCCAGGUACACACAGCACUCGUCUCCCGCUGUGCGCCAUUCAAAGCCUCGGAGGCACUAAUUAUUAGAGUAAUGGGUGUGAGAGGGUGGGUUCCGGGGAUUUUGUGUGUGUCAGGGGUGUAAGUUAGAGGCUGUUCUAACAUCUGUCACUUGUUAAAUUAGCUCAGACAAUUAUAAUAGCAAGUCACAAGCUAUAUCACACCAUCAAACACAUUUAAAACAUCUAAUUACCCUGUAUAAAGUUACAAUGUAAUUGUGACUUAUGUCAGACUGUGUGUGGCUUUGGGACUUUUGCUGAGUGAGUAGCCAAUGCUGCUUUUAUUUUUGGAAUUCACAGUUUUAGUAUAAACUUUGAUUCACACGUGACCAAAGUUUAAUGUUGGCGUCAACUAAAUUUCACUUACACUGAACUGAAUAUAUGCUGGCAAAGUAUUUGUCUCAGACUACUAAAACUGGUAUCAAUGGUGGUUGUUUUGUCUUCUGAGACAAUGCAGGCCUAUGGCUUCACACUGCAGAAUAUAAUAGAUGCCAUGCUUUCAUCAUACCAAUUUUUAGAUUACAUGUACUUUACACCAUCAAAGUAUUACAAGCUUCCAUCGGUUGAUGACGAGACUAAGCUGAGCAUAUGCUCCACGAUUAAGCAUCCUUAAGUGAUUUUUCGUAGCUGGUUUCAUUUACCCACGUUUAAAAUGUGCUUUGGUUAAGCCUAUUGGCCUCUUAUGUCAACAUGCUGCUGAGGAGAUGGCAUUAAAUGGAUUUAGUAGAAUGUGUAUGAGAGAGGGACUGUGAGCGCCACUAGUUUGUUUCAUGCGUGUGGUUUUGAAUACAUAUAUGUGACUGUGUUGCUAACAGUGCAUGCAUAAGACAUGGUUCAGAGCUGACAUUCAUAGUAGCAUACAUGACAUCUGUGCAGUUUCUCUUGCAGUAAGUACACAUAUACACACAAUGGGCGUGUGUAUGUGUCAGAGGGGUGCAUUGAGGUUUUGGGCUGGGUCAGGAAGGUCUGGCCCUUAAUACCAACCCUGCCACCUGCUUCAGUGUUGGGCCAGUCUGUUUUCAUAUCCACUCCUUCAUUUGGGAAUGAAUAGGAUUAAAUGUAAUCCUGUUUAUAGACACCCAUAGAGAUCAAUACUAAACUGCAUUUAACUUGAUUUGUCUGUAAUCUACCACAAAGACGCUUACUAUUGCAUUAAACCUUGUAUGGAAAAGCCAAGACUUUGUUAAUAAUUUUUUGUCAUAGUUUGGGAACUGAAGCAUUUUUUUCUUUUAAUGCUCUAUAAUCCAACUUGGUAUUUGGGACAGAUUUUAUUGAGUUAACCUGAUUUUAAGAUGCGAGUACAAUAGUAGUUUGAAUCAAUUUGAAGUGUAAUCAUACUUGUACUAGCUGGUAGUUAUAAAUACUCACACACACCACCAUAGCUAAUUGCUGGUUAGAUUUCUAAAUCUCGGGGUGCAGCCUUUCUCGCUCAACUCAAAGCGAAAUAUCUGAGAGACAUGUGUAAUACCCCCCUUUCCAUUUAAUUGGCUUCAUAAACAGAUUAAUUUUGAAGGAGAGGAGCUUAAUUGCUAAUCAGCGUCUCCAUGCAGCUUGUGAAGAGUUGAACAGGAUCAAGUGUUUUCUUCUUUCAGAAGACCUCAGAGCCUUCACUAUGAGGGGAAAGUAAGAGAUGGAGUAUAGAAAAAAGAUUGUAAAAGUGAAGGAUGAACGGAGCGAUGAGGGAGAAAUGGAAAGCCUGUGAUUAUGUUUUUGCAGCGGUCGUCACUGAUAGGCUGAUUCUGCUGUCCUUCCUGGAGAAAAGCCAGCUGUGUCUAGUGUACAUCAACAAGAAGAACCUCACCUCAUCAGACACUGUCCGAAAAGCAGAGAAACUUUCCCCCUCUGAAAUCAAGCUUUUCUGUGUGGAGCUGAGUGGCCAGGGGCGUAGGCUACACCGACGCGUCGCUCUCAAUCACCAGCAGGAUGUGGCCCUGUGUUGGUGGAGCCAGGAGGAGACUGAAGAGGAGCUGUGGCCAUGGGGUCCCACAGAAGCACAUACGAACAACCUGGUUCUGCUCAACUGUUCACCCACCGAGGGUCUCAAGGUUCUGAACUCCAUCCACACUGAAGGCAACCCAAUUGAAUGCCACUUUAGUCUUCUCCAGCCUUAUCAGCUCUUGACAGUAGAGCUUCCUCAAACAUCCCAAACCUCAGAAGGGUCUCAGGCUGACUCCUGUGUUUAUGAAUGUGCUCGUGGACGACUUCACCGUCUUUCUGUCACCCAUAUCCCACUCCCAUCCCAGCCCACCUGCUGCUCCACUCACCCCUCAGAGAGCAUGCUUCUGCUGGGCUUGAAGGACUCCUCCCUGGUGCUGUACGACCAGCGGCGCCGAGUUUCUCUUCUUGCCUCUUGCCCUGUGCCCCCUGCCCUUUUGGCCUGGCAUCCAUCUGGUGCUAUAGUGGUAGUUGGGGGAGGGCAGGAUGAGGUGAUGUGUUUCGAUGUAGGCUUGGCUCAUUUAGGCCUGACGUUGUUAUCUGAAGAGAUGACCUCAGCUGCCACUCUACAACUGGCCCAGCACCUGCGCUGCUCUGCCAGUCUGGCGGGACUGCACUGGGGGUCCGUGCUGGAUGGAGGCCCAGAGGGGACAAUGACCCUAAUGUUGGCAUUUCACACUGGACCUCUUGGUGUGCUGAGAUUUAAAUUUGGGACUCUGUCUGGGGGCCACAUGGGUCCCGAGGAGGUGCUACAGCAGAGACUGCACUGUGGUCAGGUGCAAGAGGCUCUGGGCAUCCUGGAGGCCCUGGACUUUAACACUGCAGGAGACCAGUGUUUCAGAGGCCUCAGCUCCAUCAUCAACCACCUCCUCAGACUGCCUCUUAAUAUGGAGAGAGAAAAUCAGCUGGAAGCAGCCCUGGGUGUAUUUUAUGCUGCUCGUGCCCCUUUAUGUGAUACAGUGAUUCUGGAGUACCGAGACCCUGUGAGCAAGUACGCCCGGCGCUUUUUUCAUCACCUCCUCAGGCACCAGCGUUUUGAGAAGGCCUUCCUACUCGCUGUUGAUUUGGAGGACAGAGACUUGUUUAUGGACCUCCAUUAUGUCGCCAGCGAUAAGGGUGAGGUGGUGCUUGCAGAUGUGUCCAGGAGGAAAGCUAAUGAAAUCGAGGCCCGGGUCGACGCAGACUUUGUGAGUGGUGCUAACAGUGAGCCUGCUCCCAGCCUCGGGGACAGACAGACAGAGAGGAACCAGAAUGCAACAGGACCCUCACAGCCGUCCGCUCCCACAGCGCGUUACCGAAAAGUGAGUGAGAGAAGUCAAGUGCCUGAAAGCCUCCGAGUGACAGUGAGCAGCCAUGCCUUCAGGACUCUCAGACUCACAGGUGUUGCAGAAGGUGACAAAGCCAGUGCAAGUGAAGAAGAAGACCCUGGGACCCUUCGAGUGGUGCAUUUAGGAAUGGUUUGACAAUGCACAAUUAUAGUUAUAUAUUUUUUAGAGUUGUAAUGUAUGUUUUUUGCAGAUAUAAUAUUGUGUUGGAGAGGUAAUAGUGUUAAGAAUACAUAUUUCACUCUUAGAUGUCGCAGUAUAUUUUUUGGUUUUAUGGUAGUAAAAGUAUUUAUGAUAAUACUUUACUGUUCCUAUCAGCCAAAACCAUGGCACAUGUCUUAAAGUGUAAACUCAGGUGCAACUUAAUGCAAACAUUACCAUUUUGCAUUUAUAAAACAUGACUGUGUUUAAGCCUUACCAUUAAUAAGAAGGCAAAAUAAAAGCUGCUAUUAUACUUCCAUCA